AUGAACGUUAUGCCUCUGCACGCCGUACAUAAACGGGCGCCCCAGUUGCGGACAUCCCUAAUAAGGCGCUUUACAACCACCCCCCGCACGGCCAGUUAUGCGGACACUUUACCGAACCUCAAGAUUGGCGCCCAUACCAAGGUAUUAUACCAGGGAUUUACAGGAAGACAGGCGACUGCCAAUGCCAAGGAGUCUCUUGAAUGGGGCACUAAGAUCGUGGGAGGCGUCAAGCCUGGGGUCGAAGGCGAACAUCUAGGUUUACCUGUCUUCCCAUCUGUCAAAGCGGCCCAAGAACAGGCAAAACCCGACGCAUCUGCAAUCUAUGUCCCAGGAAACCAAACCGCCAAAGCCAUCGAAGAAGCCAUCGAAGCGGAAAUCCCACUCGUCGUGGCUGUAGCGGAGCAUGUGCCGAUCCACGACAUCCUUCGGAUCCACUCCAUGCUACAAACGCAAUCCAAAACCCGUCUUGUCGGCGCAAACUGUCCAGGAAUUAUAUCCGCCAUCGGCAAAUGCCGAAUCGGCUUCCAGCCAUUGCCUUGCUUCGCGCCGGGCAAUGUCGGUAUCGUGGCUAAGUCUGGGACAUUGAGCUAUGAGACUGUUGCGUCGACGACGCGGGCUGGACUUGGUCAGAGUCUUUGUAUUAGUAUGGGCGGUGACGUGCUGGCGGGCACGAACUUUGUCGAUGCCCUUAAUCUCUUUGAAGAUGAUCCUGAUACUCGGGGUAUUAUUUUGGUUGGGGAGAUUGGGGGGACGGCGGAGAUGGAUGCUGCGGAGUGGAUUAAGGAUUAUCGACGGAGGACUGUGGAUCCUAAGCCUAUUAUGGCCCUUGUUGGUGGGUUGGAAGCACCUCCUGGGCGGGUUAUGGGACAUGCCGGUGCUUGGGCUGCGCCUGGGGAACCAGAUGCAGAAACUAAGUAUCGGGCACUUGAACGUGCUGGCGCGGUCAUGGUUAACCAUCCUGAGAAGUUCGGCGAAGGAAUGAAGACUUUGUUUGCGAACCAGUCUAGCCGUCCAAUGUCUGGAACUGGCUCACAAAAACGUGGCUUUCAUACUAUGAGACGAGUUACGCCAAUUUCGAGACGGAACACUGAACACAAGCGUACUCUGUACAUCAAGCAGUUCCAGGCAUUCGACAUCCUCAAGCAGAAAUCCGUCCCUGUCAAUGAGUCGGCUUCUAACUCUGAUAGUCCUGUUUCUGUUUCCAUUGCAGUCGACCGAACAGCUUUAUCGCCAUGCAUUAUUGCCUCGGCGACUUCCGGAUUUAGCCCGGCUCAGUCGCAAAGAUUCCCAUUCCCUUACACUCAGAGCAAGUUCGAAAGCUCCGUCAUCGCUGAUGUUGCCGAGCAGUUGGGUCUCCCAGCCUCUGCUCACAAGCAGCUUGAAGGCAUUCUGCAAGCCCUUUGGGAAAUUUACAAGGAAAAAGAGGCCUUCACGCUGGAGACGCAAAUUGGCAUCUCGCCCGAUGAUGUUUUGGAGGUCCAGGGUGCACGUUUUGGCUUCGACGAUGCUGCAUUCCGUAGCUCGGGCCGACAGGAAGAUAUCCAUAAACUGCGGGAUAUAUCCGAAGAGGUCGCGGCGGAGGUUGAAGCCGAAAAGGACGGAAUUGUUUACGUCAAAUUGGAAGGCGAAGGCAAUAUUGGCACACUCGUCAAUGGAGCCGGCCUUGCCAUGAACACGGUCGACGCUCUCACUAUCCACGGCGGCCACUGCGCGAAUUUCCUCGAUACCGGUGGCAAAGCUACUUCGGAGACAGUCAAGGCGUCAUUCCGCGUAAUUUGCUCUGACACGCGCGUCAAAGCCGUCUUUGUCAAUAUCUUUGGCGGACUGACUCGCUGCGACAUGAUUGCUGAGGGCAUUAUCUUGGCUUUCCGGGAUUUGAAUAUGAAGGUUCCAGUGGUUGUACGACUGCGAGGUACGAAUGAGGAACUGGGGCAGAAGAUGAUUGCGGAGAGUGGCCUUCCUUUGCAUGCAUUUGAUGGAUUCGAGGAGGCUGCAAAGAAGGUUAUCGCGUUGGCUAAGGAGCAAUAG